CUCUGAAGUCUGAACUCUCCUUUUCGUCUCCGUAUUUGUUUUCUCUCCUGUUAGUACACUCUUCAGUCUUCAUUCAUUGCCUCUUUAAUCCCAUUCGAAAGUAAAACAGUUGAUCAGCUGAAAAGGCAGUGAUUUACAAAUUUCGACCAUUUUUAGUAUUUAUUCCUCUGAUUCGAGGUAGGAUUUCAGUUCGUUCCAUUUGUUCAUUAGUACUAUGAAUUCGUGGCGAGCAGAUAGGAUUAACAGACAGAUUUCUAGAGUUUCUAUGGUGUUUGCCGGGUUCCCUUUAUUGGAUUUCUAGGGUUUUGGUCUUGGUACUGGUUAAAUUGUUGCUCUCCGGAGUUUAGAUUCAGUACAUUUCAGAAUCGGGGGUUUUGCUGUGAUGAGUUGUUACUGCCCCUGUGGAUGGCGGCAAAUUUUCUAUGGGUCGUUUAUUUGUUUGUGUUUCACGGAUUCAUCGCUUUCAUCAGCCCUAGCCUUUUAUUCCAAAUUGGCUUUGUUUCCGCUUUAGGGGACGGUUUCUCAAUUGUUGAUUUGGAUUACGAUUUGUUCGGUCACGAUUAUUCACCACCCUCACCACCUCCUUCGGACCCGCCCCUGCAACCGCCAUCACUGUCUUGUGAGGAAGAUCUCAAGGGAAUUGGGUCGCUAAAUACUUCUUGUCAGCUCAUUAACAGUUUACAGCUCGAGGAGGAUUCAUACAUAGAAGGGAAAGGCAGGUUAGAAAUCUUUCCAGGUGUGUCCUUCAGUUGUCCAAUUGCUGGAUGCUCAAUUACCAUCAACAUUACUGGAGAUUUUAGUUUGGGCGAGAAUGCGUCCAUCGUGGCGGGAACGCUUAUUUUGAAAGCGAACAAUGCAAGCUUGCUUAAUGGAUCCACAAUCAAUACUACAGCUUUGGCCGGCGAUCCUCCCGCGCAGACCAGUGGCACUCCGCAGGGUAUUGAUGGUGCAGGUGGGGGGCAUGGGGGCAGGGGUGCUUGUUGCUCGACGGAUAAUUCGAAGCUUCCGGAUGAUGUGUGGGGCGGCGAUGCUUACUCUUGGUCAUCACUCACAUUACCCUGGAGUUACGGUAGCAAGGGUGGCACGACCAGUAAAGAGGAGGACUAUGGUGGUGGUGGUGGUGGACGGAUUAAGCUUGAGAUAGUUAAUUUUCUUGAUGUUAGAGGAACUGUUUUAGCUGAUGGAGGUGAUGCCGGUUUCAAAGGUGGAGGUGGAUCCGGUGGCAGUAUCUACAUCAAGGCUCAUAAAAUGAAUGGAAAUGGCAAGAUAAGUGCCUCCGGGGGCAAUGGUUUUGCUGGAGGUGGUGGUGGAAGAGUUUCUAUCAACAUUUACAGCAGGCAUGAUGACCCGAAAAUCUUGGUUCAUGGAGGAAGAAGCUUUGGUUGUCCGGAUAACUCUGGGGCUGCUGGGACAUUUUAUGACACUGUUCCUCGGAAUCUUAUUAUAAGCAAUCACAACAUGUCAACAAACACUGAUACGCUUCUUUUAGAGUUUCCCAAUCAUCCCCUCUGGACAAAUGUUUAUGUCCGAAAUCAUGCUAAAGCUACUGUUCCUCUGCUCUGGAGUCGUGUUCAGGUGCAAGGGCAACUUAGUAUAUUGUUUGGUGGAGUUUUGAGUUUUGGUCUAGCACAUUAUCCUUCUUCAGAGUUUGAGCUUAUGGCAGAAGAGCUUUUAAUGAGUGAUUCAGUAAUCAAGGUCUAUGGGGCUUUGCGUAUGUCUAUUAAAAUGCUCUUGAUGUGGAACUCUAAAAUGCUCAUAGAUGGUGGUAGAGCUGCAAUAGUUGCCACAUCCUUACUUGAGGCUAGCAACUUGAUUGUUCUCAAGGAAUCAUCUGUCAUACACUCUAAUGCAAAUUUGGGAGUUCAUGGACAAGGCUUACUGAAUUUAUCAGGACCUGGAGAUCAGAUUGAGGCACAACGUCUCAUUCUUUCAUUAUUCUAUAGUAUCCAUGUUGGACCUGGAUCUGUUCUGCGAGGUCCUUUGGAAAAUGCAACCUCUGAUGCCUUGACACCAAAACUCUACUGUGAAUUCCAAGAUUGCCCUAUAGAACUACUUCAUCCACCAGAAGAUUGUAAUUUGAACUCUUCGUUGUCCUUUACCCUUCAGAUCUGCAGAGUUGAAGAUAUUAUUGUUGAAGGCCUCAUAGAAGGAUCUGUUAUUCAUUUCCAUAGGGCAAGAACUGUAGUUGUCCAGUCCUCUGGUAUAAUAACCGCAUCUGGGCUUGGAUGCACGGGUGGUGUAGGUAGAGGUAUAGUUCUGGGCAAUGGGGUGGGCAGUGGUGGUGGGCAUGGGGGUAAAGGUGGCGAUGGAUAUUGUAAUGGCAGUUUUAUUGAGGGUGGUGCUGCUUAUGGAAAUGCUGGCCUGCCUUGUGAACUUGGUAGUGGAAGUGGAAAUGAAAGCAUGGGCAGUUCGACUGCUGGUGGUGGUAUCAUAGUGAUGGGUUCGUUGGAGCAUUCCUUGUCAAGCUUGUCCAUUUAUGGUUCUCUUAAGGCAGAUGGAGAAAGUUUUGAACAAGGCAUUAGAAAGCAGGGCUAUGGAAGCUUAGAUAGUUCAAGUGGAAGCCCUGGGGGUGGAUCUGGUGGAACUAUCCUUUUAUUUUUGCGUGCACUGGCCCUUGGAGACAAUGCUGUUAUUUCAAGUGUUGGAGGACAAGGUAGUCAAAAUGGUAGUGGAGGUGGUGGUGGCGGUAGGAUUCACUUUGAUUGGUCUGACAUUCUGACAGGUGAUGAGUAUCAGCCCAUAGCAAGCAUCAAAGGAAGCAUAUGCACAGGAGGAGGAUUGGGGAGGAAUAAAGGCCUUACGGGAGAAAAUGGAACAGUUACUGGUAAGGCUUGCCCAAAAGGGCUUUAUGGGAUUUUUUGUGAGGAAUGCCCGGCUGGCACUUUUAAGAAUGUUGUUGGGUCUGAUAAAACUCUUUGUCAUCAGUGCCCACCAUAUGAACUUCCACAUCGUGCCAUCUACAUGAAUGUUCGAGGUGGUGUUUCUGAAACUCCAUGCCCCUACAAAUGCAUAUCUGACAGAUAUCACAUGCCUCACUGCUACACGGCUCUCGAAGAAUUGGUCUACACUUUUGGUGGUCCAUGGUUUUUUAGUCUUCUUCUCUUGGGUCUCCUUAUCUUGUUAGCUCUGGUUCUCAGUGUUGCGCGAAUGAAAUUUGUUGGCACUGAUGAAUUGCCUGGCCCAGCUCCCACUCAACAUGGUUCUCAAAUAAAUCAUUCAUUCCCUUUCCUGGAGUCAUUGAAUGAGGUCCUGGAAACUAAUAGAGCUGAGGAAUCCCAGAAUCAUGUCCACAGAAUGUAUUUUAUGGGUCCUAAUACUUUUAGUGAACCAUGGCAUCUCCCUCACUCUCCUCCAGAACAAGUAAUGGAGAUUGUAUAUGAAGAUGCAUUCAACAGAUUUGUUGAUGACAUUAAUGCUCUGGCUGCUUACCAGUGGUGGGAAGGAGCUGCUUAUAGCAUUCUUUCUCUUCUUGCAUAUCCCCUUGCCUGGUCAUGGCAGCAAUGGCGCCGUAAAAAGAAAGUACAACAACUGCGUGAAUUUGUCCGAUCAGAAUAUGAUCAUGCCUGUUUACGGUCUUGCCGUUCACGUGCUCUCUAUGAAGGACUUAAGGUUGCUGCAACUUCUGAUUUAAUGCUGGCAUAUGUGGACUUUUUUCUCGGUGGAGAUGAAAAGAGAACUGAUCUUCCUCCUCGUCUUCAUCAAAGAUUUCCAAUGCCCAUAGUUUUUGGGGGUGAUGGAAGUUAUAUGGCUCCUUUCUCACUUCAAAGUGAUAAUGUUCUGACUAGUCUUAUGAGUCAGUCUGUCCCAUCUACAAUUUGGUAUCGGCUGGUGGCUGGUCUGAAUGCUCACCUGCGCUUAAUUCGCCAUGGGCGCCUGAGGAUAACAUUUUUACCUGUCCUCAGCUGGCUUGAAACUCAUGCCAAUCCUGCUUUGAGCAUCCAUGGUGUGCGUGUUGAUCUUGCAUGGUUUCAGGCUACAACUUGUGGUUAUUGCCAGUUUGGACUUCUUGUAUAUGCCAUUGAAGAAGAAUCUGAGAUGGCAUCUACUGAAGUUGUAGAUGGAGCAAUGAGAACUGAGCAACAGUCACGUGCAAACAGCAUCCAAAGAGACAAUUUCCCGAGUUGUUUGAGUAGUGAAAAUAUUAUGAUACAUAAAAGGUUAUAUGGAAAGAUUUUAAAUACUUACAGCAUACAAAUGCUUCAAGAGAGGAAAGAUAUAUUUUACCCCUUCUCAUUUAUAGUACAUAAUACAAAACCCGUUGGCCAGCAGGAUCUUGUUGGUUUGGUCAUAUCAAUACUUCUUUUAGGAGAUUUCAGUUUAGUGUUGCUUACUUUGCUUCAAUUGUACUCUAUUUCACUGGUGGACUUCCUACUGGUCCUGCUUCUUCUUCCUCUGGGGAUUCUUUUUCCAUUUCCUGCUGGAAUUAAUGCUUUAUUCAGUCAUGGUUCAAGACGAUCAGCAGGUCUUGGCCGUGUAUAUGCCUUGUGGAACAUUUCAUCCUUAUUUAAUGUUGUGGUCGUCUUCGUUUGCGGAUUUGUCCAUUACAAGACUCAAUCGUCAUCAAGUAGAAGACAUCCAAACUUUCAGCCCUGGAAUUUUAACAUGGACGAAAGUGGAUGGUGGAUGCUUCCUACUGGACUUGUUCUCUGUAAACUUAUCCAGGCACGACUUACCAAUUGGCAUGUUGCUAAUCUAGAGAUACAAGAUCGUUCAUUGUAUAGUAACGACCCAGACCUGUUUUGGCAGUCAUGACGGUGAUACUCGUUUGACCAGGUAUAGUUUGAUGCAAUCUCUUCGUUUCCAUUUUUUCACCUCUAUUUUUUCUUGAUAUUGUCAGUGUAUAGAGUGGCAGAGAGAGAGAGAGAGAGAGAGAGAGGCAUUCGUUCAUGUAUACCAUGUGAAUCAUGUGCAGCCACAGUUUUUUCCAACAUGUAAUUAAAAACUAAAAAAAGUGGGCUGGGCUGUUUUUUUCAUGGGUUCGACUAGAGCCCAGAUUUCUUACUCACGUUUUCUACCCACUAGACCCGCCGUGAAUUGCAGCCACACAUCUCUCAAUUCAUAAUAGAGGUGUGGCUCCAAUUCACGGCUAGAGAGUGGGUAGGAAGUGAGUAUGAAAUCCCGAGUGGUUCAACUAUGAUACUGGAAAAGCUUUCCCUUUCAUCUACUUUUUAGUCUUUUAUUGGGAAUACAGGAUUGAUGUAGCAUAUUUUUAGGCGCUACCAAAGUAAUCAAUGAGAAAAUCUUGUUACCAAUUUUACAUUA